UUGUUUUGUAUGAUAAGAGCAAAAUAAAGAAUAUUAUUGAAAGUAAGUUAUCAAAGGAAGUUCUUUAAAUUUAGAGGAAAUAUUCAGCUUAAGAGAUGAUGAAAGUAUGGAACUUUCUAUUUCUGGUGACCUUCAUCAUAUCAGCCGUCUAUUGUGGCUACGUUUACGAAACCAAAACAUUCACAACUUUGCUCGAUCAUUUUAAUUUUGUGGAUGACCGGACAUUUUCAUUUCGUUAUCUUGUAAACAACGCCUCGGUUUCAAAUGACAAAUCACCAAUUUUAUUCUAUGCUGGAAAUGAAGGGGACAUUGAACUAUUUGCUGAAAACACUGGCUUUAUAUGGAAAAUCGCACCGAAACUUGGUGCUUUGAUUGUUUUCGCUGAACAUCGUUAUUAUGGAAAGUCGUUGCCCUUUGGAAAUGAAUCUUACAAAGAUCCUCAACAUCUUGGAUAUUUAACAAGCGAACAAGCUCUUGCAGAUUAUGCUGAUUUAUUAAAAUUUUUAAAUCCUGAAGAAGAACGUCCGGUCAUUGCUUUUGGUGGAAGUUACGGAGGAAUGCUCGCUGCUUGGUUUAGAAUGAAGUAUCCUCAUCUUGUAACGGGAGCGCUAGCAAGUUCUGCGCCUGUUCUUCAAUUUCCUGGAGUCGUUCCUUGUGAUAUUUUCAAUAGAAUUCUUACGUCUGUCUUUAAAGUAGCAUUAGAUCGUAAUCCUGAUGGAACACCUCAAAGCAUCUGUAUUGAUAAUAUAAAGAAGUCGUGGACAGUUUUACAAAAUUAUUCAUCAAAUGACGAAGGUCGGAAGUUUCUUAACCAAAAGUUCAAAUUUUGUACUGCAAUGAACAAAACAGAAGAUUGGAAUACCUUUUAUGAUUAUCUUCAAGAUGUUUUGGGGAAUUUAGCGAUGGCAAAUUAUCCUUAUCCAGCUAAUUUCCUUGCAGAUCUUCCAGCUUAUCCAGUUCGUGAAUUUUGUGGUCAACUUAACAAAGAAUUUCCAAAGAAUGAAGAGUUGAUUAAUGCUUUCAAUGAAGCUCUUCAAAUUUACACAAAUUAUACACAAAAAUUAACGUGUCUCGACAUUUCAUCUGCUUAUGCAUCAAAUCUUGGAUCGAAAGGUUGGGAUUUUCAAGCUUGUACAGAAAUGGUCAUGCCUACAUGUGCUAAUGGAACGACUGAUAUGUUUAUACCGAAAAAAUGGGAUUUCAAAGAAUAUUCUGAUAACUGCAUGAAGAAAUUCAAAGUUAUUCCGAGAGAAAUGGCAGCGAUGACUCAAUAUGGAGGCAAACGCAUGGAUACAGCUUCAAAUAUUAUUUUUUCGAAUGGUCUUUUAGAUCCAUGGUCUGGUGGUGGUGUCUUGCGUUCAUUCAACGAAAAAGUUGAUGUCAUCAUAAUACCCGAAGGUGCUCAUCACAUUGACUUGAGAGCUGACAACAAAUUAGAUCCAGCAAGUGUCAAGGAAUCAAGAAAGUUUUACUUGGAAAAGUUCAAGACAUGGAUCAAUGAAUUUCAAACAAAAAUGUAAUACUCAAUCGAACAAACAUUUAUAUACCUUUUGUAAUCAUGUUUAAUAAUCUAAAUAUUUUUCAAUCCAUAAAUUGGACAUUGUUUAAUAAAGUCAUCUAAUUUCACUUUAAAUAAAUCGGAUGCUAUUGGAGUUCCUGGCGUCCAUAAAGGAUUUCUUAUAACAUAUUCGACAAAUAUCUUUGCGUAGAGUUGUUGAAGAAUUUCUUUAACUCCUGUGGAUGAUGUGUCGGUGUUGAGAACAAAUUUCAGACCCGAAGGUGUUUCAAAGUAGUGGAGAGCGUAUUUAUUUGUUUUAUAAAAUAGAAAUCCUUCUCGAGGAUCUAUUGGUGAUAUUUUACUGACGAAUGAUUUGAUUGAAAAUAGUGAACCAUAC